AUGUUCAACCUACCCGUUGCAGAAGGAGCACCUUAUGACUCAUUUGCAAAUCAACAUGACGAGAUGUGCCUUCCAGACACCAGAACUUGGCUUCAAUGCCAAGUCACAGAUUGGGCCAAAAAACCAGACAGCAAACUUAUAUUUUUGUUGAAUGGCAUGGCAGGGACUGGAAAGUCCACCAUUGCCCGGACAGUCGCACAAUCCUUUGAUAAAAAGGGGCUCCUCGGAGCCAGUUUCUUCUUCAAAAGAGGUGAAGCCGACAGCGAUAAUGCAAAAAGAUUUAUAUCAACAAUCACGAGGCAAUUAAUGACCAGUAAUCGAGAACUGACAAGUGAUAUCUCAAGAGUGAUCGAAGAUGAUCCAGAUCUUUCAACAAAAGCUCUCAGUCGACAAUUUGACAACUUCUUAUUCAGCCACUGCUCAGGUUGA